AUGGAAGAACAUCUUGAUCGAUACUAUCGCUUUAAAGUCAUUGAACAUCAACGCUGGUGGCCAUGUAGAGGUUGGAUACCUCUCUUACUUGGGAAUGAAAGACCAGAGUGGUCUGACGAAUAUCUCGUACAAGUCCCAUCUAUUCACAAGUUUAGUUUACCACCUCCAACCUUCAAAACCGACAAGGCCACUAAAAAGAGAAUCAAGGUGACAUGGGAAUGGGCUUCUGAUAGCUGGCAGAUUGACGAAAGUGAUAAAAGUGUAGAUAAAGAGGGCUGGGAAUAUGGAGGAUGGGACUGGAAACGCUGGAGUCCUAGAUCAUCUGGACUACAUAUUCUCACUCGACGUCGACACUGGAUCAGAAAUGCACGCCUUAUUGAAGAAGAUGAGGAAAAAGAAACAACACCUAUAUCCAUUCGACGUAAUUCUUGCUCUAUACCACCUUCAGUAUCAACUUCUUUGAGCUCUACAGACUCAUCUUUGUGUGAUAGCUCAGCUACUUUGUCAGUCUCUCCGACUCCCUCAUUUGUUCAACAAACAAAAUCAUAUUCCACGAGCACCGUUAGUUUGAAUCACCAUUCAUCAAGACCAUUCUCCGACAGACUGACAGUGGACUCCCAUUUUUGGUUAUGUCGUUGA